AUGCGCCUCACGCGCCUCCCGCUGCUCCGCGGCGCAGCGGUCGCCCUCCUCUCGCUCUCGCCGCUCGCUCCUCCGCCGCCACCGGCAGCAGCUGCGGUCGCGGCGUCGGCCCGUCCCGUCGUGGUGCCGCUCACGCUCUGCGGAGGCGCGUACUGCGUGCGGUAUACUCUCGACGGGCAGCCAUUCCGCGCCAUCGUUGACACCGGCUCGCCCUUCCUUCUUGUCGACGGGACCUGCACCGAGGCGUCCGAGUGGGGCUGCUAUCGCGGUGCGGGGCGCGCAAGCGGCCUCGACGACACGGAGGAGGAGUUCGGCGGCCAGAUCACGGGAACGCAGUGGCGGGUCGGCUACAUGUCACUGCUCGGCGAGAAUGCCGCUCUCGUGCUGCCCGAGACGACCUUCGGCGUCGUGAGGACGUACACCGGCAAGGGCGGCAGCGGCGCCGUCUUUCUCGGGCUGGCCAAGCGGCGGCUGCCCCGGAUCCGGCCAACCUUUCUCGAGCAGACCUCGGUCGCGUCGCUACAGUUUGACUUCUUGCGCGGAUCGCUCACCCUCUCCCCGCGGCCGCUCAUCCCGCGCGGCACCGACGCGAUCCGGCUGCUCGACCUGCGGCCGCGCGGCGCUCCAAUCUCGGCCGCGGUCUGCCGCAUCCGGAGGCUCUACGUGAAUGGCGAGCUGCUGCAGCUCGACCGGCCGGCCGUCGCGGUGAUCGACACAGGCACCACCGGCCUUUCGGUCAGCGAGAGCCUCUUUUGCGCCGCCGACGGCCCGCUCGGCCCGAUCCGCGACUGCCGCGUCGAGCUGGUCACCGAGCAGGGGAGGGUCUGCGCGCUCGAGGCCUCUGUGCGGCGGCGGCAGGUGCCGUCCCGCUUCGGCGACGUCCCUUUGGUCGACGUGCCGGACGGCGCGCCGGAGAGCGACGCCUUCCCGCUCGUCGUCUCGCCGGUGGACGUGCCGUGGUUCGAGCAGGACUUUGGGCAGGGCGACGCGCUCGAGCAGCGGGUGCAGGCCGAAGCCGCGCGGGACGACGCCCUCGGCGACCCGUAUCGUGCCUGCCAGGCGCGCGUGCAGCGUGCGGCGACGCGCGGCGCGGCGCCAGGCGAGCCACUCUCGCGGCUGGACGGUUUAGGGGAGCGGCCGCACGUGCUCUUUGUCGGGCUCGCCUUUUUCUGGCGGCGCCAGCUGACUAUCGAUGUGGACGACGGCCGGUUAGCUUUUGUCUGA